CGCCCGGCGGCCUCGGGGGAGCCGAGCGGGCACCCUGCGUGAGGAUGACCUCGGCUGCCGGUCCCGCCGCGCUGCCGCCCGGCUCCGCCGCCCGCGCCCUGCAUGUGGAGCUGCCUUCGCAGCAGGGCUGGAGGUUUUAUACUUCUUAAGAAAAAGACCCAGCUCAACCUGUCUGCUAUGAGCUACAAAGCACACAGAGCCCUCUGUUUUAAUGUGACUUAAUUCUGACAAAUAUCCAGACAUCUAAAUAGCUGACAUUGCAAGCUCAGCGCCGUCUUCGUCACCUUCGGAACAUUGCUGCACGUAACAUUAUUAAUAAGAAUGGUCAUCGCCUCUUGGACACAUACUUCACUCUUCACUUGUGUGAUAACACCAAGAUCUACAAAGAAUUUUAUAAGAGUGAGGUGAUCAAGAAUUCUCUGAAUCCAACAUGGAGGAGUCUGGACUUUGGAAUAAUGCCUGAUCAUCUUGAUACCUCUGUCUCUUGUUUUGUUGUGAGGAUCUGGGGUGGCAAGAAGGAACACUUUCAGCUUUUGAUUGAGUGGAAGGUCAAUUUAGAUGGGUUAAAGUACUUGGGCCAGCAGAUCCAUGCAAGAAACCCAAAUGAGAUUAUUUUUGGUCUCAAUGAUGGUUAUUAUGGAGCUUCAUUUGAACAGAAGGAUCACUCAGGUACCCUGAAGAACAGUCUUCUCCAGGUGGAUCAGAACUGUGUUCGUAACUCUUACGAUGUCUUCUCUUUGCUUAGGCUCCACAGAGCUCAGUGUGCAAUUAAACAGACUCAGGUAACUGUUCAGAAAAUAGGAAGGGAGAUUGAAGAAAAGCUGAGAUGUACAUCUACAAGGAAUGAACUGAAAAAGGAGAGUGAAUGUUUACAGUUGAAGAUCCUGGUGCUGCGUAAUGAACUGGAGCGACAGAAGAAGGCCCUUGGUCAAGAAGUAGCCUUGUUGCAUAAGCAAAAAAGUACUUUGCUUGACAGAGCAAAUGCAUUUGAGACUGAAUACCAGAAACUUGAAGAGCAUAAUGAAUCUUUAUAUGAAUCAAGAAAGGAAUGCACUGCUAAGAGAGAACAGUUUUUGAAGAUAAAUGCCCAGCAGACUAUUCGAUGCAAGCAGUUGCUGUCGGAGCUGUCCUACAUCUACCCUAUUGAUUUGAACAACCAAAAGGAUUACUUUGUGUGUGGAGUCAAGCUUCCUAAUUCUGAAGACUUUCAAGGAGCAAAUAUAUCAUGUGCCUGUGUGUAUAACAGUUGUACAGCAAAAGAUGAUGGAAGCAUUGCUGUGGCCCUGGGCUAUACUGCUCACCUAAUUUCCAUGAUAUCCUUCUUCUUGCAAGUGCCACUCAGGUAUCCCAUAAUUCACAAGGGCUCCCGGUCUACAAUCAAAGACAAUAUAAAUGACAAGCUGACGGAAAAAGAGCGAGAAUUUCCUUUAUAUGCAAAAGGAGGGGAGAAGCUUCAGUUUGAAUAUGGAGUUUACCUUCUCAACAAAAAUAUAGCACAGCUUAGAUACCAGCAUGGGCUGAGUACUCCAGAUCUGAGGCAAACUCUUCCUAACCUGAAAAACUUCAUGGAGCUUGGACUGAUGGUUAGGUGUGAUCGACACCAUACAUCCAGUGCAAUUCCUGUUCCAAAGAGACAGACCUCUAGCUUCGGCAGAUUGGAUAUUGGUUUUUCCAGUGGGCUUCCUUCUCCAGAUAAAGGACUCCGAAAACGAGCCAGCACAGGAACCGAGAGACUACAGUACAAAACUCCUCCUCCUAGUUACAACUCUGCUUUAACACAGCCUGUUGCUGUCACAGCCUGUGUGGGAGAGCUGGAUAAAAAACCUGGACCCAUAUGUUCUUCCUUGGACACCUCCAUGGACUCCUCCAAAAGAAAUACCAAAAAAGGCCAGGACUUGUGCAGUAGUUUGAAUGGAGAAAACGGAAGCCUAAACAAUACCCAAGACAGGCAGGAAUCUUUCCUAGGACAUUCUAGUGCAAUAAAUGGGGCGUUUCUGCCUGGCAAGUGCUCUGGCACCAUGAACAACGAGCAGCCCUGUGCGUUUCAGCCCUCACUCAACCCCGUGCUUUGCUGCACUGUGGAGCAGGCAGAGGAGAUCAUGGGUAUGGAAGCGACAGGAUUCAGCGCGGGAGAUCAGCUGGAAGACUUUACCUCCAUCCCAGUGGAACAUGCUGUAGCGGUUGAGUGUGACGAACAAGUCCUAGGGGAGUUUGAGGAGUUCUCUCGAAGGAUCUGUGCACUGAAUGAGAACAUGUCCAGCUUCCGCAGACCUCGUAAAAGUUCGGACAAGUGAGCUCGGACGGAGAUUUGAUAGCAGACAUUGAGGUGAAAUCAGUGGUCUGGAAUAGAAAUAAAAUUGCACUUAUUCUUUAUAUUAAUUAUGAAAAUAAAAAAAGCUAAAGUUGUUCCUAUGGUGUUAGACAAAUGGACUUGAGCACAAUAACACAGGAUCAUGGUGUAUUCACAGCCCAGGUAACUUCAUUCUGCUUUAAGUCCUUUUCUCUCUGGUAUUUAUAAUCUGUUGGAGGUUUUGUGGGAUUUUUUUCUUAGGGCAUUGGAAUCCAUUUAUAAAGGCUUUUCUGAAAACAACUUCUAGUGCUGAUCAGCCCCUUCUAUGAAUGUUUGUUAUGUUCUUAAUUAUUAUUUAGAGUUAAAUUUAUUUUAAUCUUUUCAGAAGAAAAACCCUUUAAUUUAAUAUAUUUUUACGGUAAGAUGUCUUGACAUUCUCCCAUGUACUCCUGUGUUUGCUUGAGCAAUGUAGUCAGUAUUAGAGAAAUACCAUGAAUUUGCUACAAUUGGACAACUUUAUUUUGGCUGUGCUCUGUAGCCUUUGAAGUUGUAGUUUGCACUGAGGAGUCUUCACUUGGCAGUGUGAACUUGCCAGAGAAUGAGCACCUGUGUGAUUUUUUUGCAGUUUCCUUGCACCUGGUUAAUCAGAAAUGACAUUUGGGGGUUUUUCCACCCCUCUUUUCCUCCAAACUUGCUCUUCCUACCAGUGGAAACCUUGAGAAGUUUUGUGUAAUAAUCUCAACCUGACCAUUCCCCACUUAGGGUGGGCACAGAUCUCAUUAGAGACUUAAUGAACCCAGUACCAACAUGGGGUUCAGCCGCCACCCUCCAAGGUGUGCAGUGGGGACAGUGUGCCCUGAGACACUUCAGACAUCUUCCAAAAAACCCAGACUGGGAAUGAAGCACUUUGGAAUCAGGUGAAUGUGUGGAAUUGCUCCAUCCUCUGUAAAAAGGAGGCACUUAACAUUAUUCAUCUGAAUUUUUAUUUUUUUAACCAUCUAUACUUUGAGGGAAGAAACUUCCAGUGGUUUGCUGGAGGUGCAGUUUGCUGUUGGGUAGGUUACCACUGUCACAUGUGUUCAGCUGCACUAAUGAGAAAGUAAUUUGCAGCCUGCUUUGUGAUUCCUGGUAUGUAUUUCAAUUUGGAUUUCAUUGCUCUUGCUUUCUAUAUUGUAUACCCAAGAAUCUGAGCUCAGUUGUGAGCUCUGAAAUAUAAAAGUAUAUAGCAGUAAAAAUACUUCAUCUUGUCUGGCUUUUUUUUCCUCUCCCUGGUUUAUGUUUUCUUAUGAACCCACAACCUAGUCUUUUCCUAACUUCACUGUAAGGCUAGCUGAAAUUAACUUUUUAAAAAUAUGGAUAUGUAUAAUCUCAGCUUUCUGUUAUCAAAACAAGAUGUGUUUGUGAGAACCGGUAUACAUAAUAGCACUGUUCUAGAAUAUGCAUUUUUCCAGGUAACGUCUUAAUGAUUGCAUUAAAACUAUAUUCACAUUUUUUCGGUUAGCUUUUAAUGGUUGUGUCCACAGUUGAGUGGUUGGAUAGAGCCUCUCUUUGCUGUCUUCAGUCUGUCCCAGGAUGAAGUGCUAGGUGGGAACACUUGGAUACCUUGAUUUUGAGACACCGAGCAUGGUUUCAGGUACACAGUUGGACACAUCCAUGAGUAUCUUCUCCCCCAUAUUAGCUCCUCUGUUCAAACCCCAUGAAAACUUCCCCAAAGAAAGUGCUGCAGAAGCUUAAAGCGCUGCUAUCAUCUUUGGAAAGAACAGGUAGGAAGCCCUUGCUGUCCUUUGGCCUAGAGAGGGAGAAAUGAACACCUGAAAGAACAGCACUUCGUGGUGAUGAGCAUAAGAUACUCUGUCCUGGGCCCUGUACCAUCUUCUGAUACCAGUAUAAUUUCAGGUGGAGUUCAGUAACUUUAGGUCAGUUUUGCACUGUGUGGGAUGGGAUCUGGCAUACUCGAGGCAGCACAGGCCUGUUUGUGCACACACUCAUGUUCCUAUAUAGCAGAAAAGCAUUAGCUUGUGUGUGAUGGUGACUUUUCAAAGCAACCCAAAGAGUAGUUGUGAAGUCACUGUGUUUCGUAGGUGAACAUGGAGUGUCUCAGAGCAAUUUAGCAACGUGUGAAAUUAGGUUUGUACAGCAUCAGUGGGACUUUUUUUUCCAUUAGUUUUUAUUUCUCAGGUUGCACAAACCAAAUGAAGUCUAGUUCUCCUCCCCAAUGUUGUGUUGCUGUUCCUGUUUAACCCUUGCAAUUGGUAAUGUUCUAAACACUACGGUUGAUUUUUGCAUCUGUUGCAGAAAGCUGCUCAGAUGGGCUUUUUAUGGAUGUAUCUUUAGUUAGCCUUAAAUUAUCCCUGUGUUUCUCUUCCACUCCUGCCACUUUCCAUGUAGCAGGUGGUGUGAGGUGGGACAGCAUCACAGGGCUGAUGAAGCAUUGACCAGCUCCUUGUGGCUGUGAGGAGGGGGCUUGUACAGACUGCAGCUGUGUCAUAGCUUUCUCCUUUUGGUGUUUAUUUUUUUUUAACCCCCUGUAAAUUACUUUGGAAAUAGUGUAGUGGAAGAGAAACAAACAGGAGGUUUGAGGGUGAGAUAAUGGAUCACAGUGUAUGUUCACUUUUCAAGAGCCUUUCAGUUCCUGCACAGCUGUGGCACUUAAAAGUCUGCAACUGUCUGCAAAUUGAGAAAACAUUUCAUUGCAAUCUCAAUCUAAUCCCUCAUUAGAAAUCCUUAAGAUUUUUGAGCAUAUUAGUUUUGGAAUAUCAGAUCCCACUAUAUUUUUAUAGCAAGCACAACAGCAUUGGUUUAUCCUUGCUUGACCAGGUAUUUAAAAUAAGCAAGACCAGAAUAUCGCAUAAUAAAUGACACAUUAAAAUUAUGUUGACAAUUGCAGGAAAGCUCAUCUGUCUUUAUAAAAUAAAAUUGAUUUGUAUCUCUCAA